AUGGACUGUAAUAAUAACCAGUUAAAAUCUUCCUCCUCAUCAUCAGAGGAACAAAUUGACAUGAUGUUGAUGAUGAUGAUGCAACUCCCUGAAUUCUCUUCAUCCAACAACAACAACAACACCAAUGAAUUUCCACCGUCAGAUCAAGACUUCUAUAGUUCUUCCGUUAAUCCUAACAAUAACACACGUCCUCUUUCAGAUUUAAUCGAUAACCCUCCGAAUCCAUUCCCAUGGUCAUCAUCUUCAUCACUACCUUUACAAUCAACAAACAAUAUCUCUUUCACUACCAACAACCCUGCUACUCCAUUAUUCCUUCAACAACAACAACAAGCUCCACCGUUAAUGUUUUCGAAUUCGAACAACAACCACGCUGUAUCGAAUCCGAACCAUUACGGUGCAUCUGAGAAGAGAACCUCGAUGGCGGCGAUGCGAGAGAUGAUAUUCCGAAUAGCAGCGAUGCAACCGAUUUACAUAGACCCGGAAUCGGUAAAACCGCCAAAGAGAAGGAACGUGAAGAUCUCAAAGGAUCCUCAGAGUAUAGCAGCGAGACACCGAAGAGAAAGAAUAAGCGAGAAAAUAAGAAUACUCCAGAGAAUGGUACCUGGCGGAACGAAGAUGGAUACUGCAUCAAUGUUGGAUGAAGCUAUUCAUUAUGUUAAAUUUCUCAAGACACAGUUGAAGACAUUGCAGGAACAUGCCAACAAUAACAGGACAGUUGCUGGUUCUGGGAUAGGGUUCCCUGUUUCAUUCCCUAAGCCUCAUCAGGCUCGUAAUGUUGAUCAUUAUGGUGAUUAA